AUGCAGUGUGCACAAACUUUGCAAGGAAUUUGGGAAUCCACUCUGCACUCUUUAGGAGAGUGAGAGCAGCAAAUGAUGAAAGGGAAGCUUAUCCUUGAAAUGCAAGCCCAGGGCUUAGAAGAAGUCUUAGAAAAACUUGUAGCUUUAACUUAGAGUGACAUUAUUAUAAAAUUGAAGUGGUUUUUAUACACAGUCGAGACACAAAUUUUUAUUCGAGAUGAAGCGAGGAGCUGAGUAAUUAUGAUUGAGCUUAAGAAAAUAAUUGAGAUGAUGAGUCAAGAAUGAGAUCUUAAAGUGAGUUUAUCACAGCAAGCAACUGGGCUGUUAGAGAAAAGGAAGAUGGUUGCAUAUACAUGGGUUACCGAGCCAUAUAUGGAUGAAAGCUAUUUAGCGGCGCUACCUAAGAAAUUCUUUUAG